AUGGCGGCAUUCCAGCCUGCUCAAACUGCGCCCGCGCAAAGCUACGCCGUGCGGUGCCAUUCUCGUAUCGAGUGGCUAGAAGAGCCAAUUCUCCUACUAGAUCGAGAAUUUGAUCUUUUCAAGGCACCUCCAAUUGAGCAGUCGGUGUUUAGGACCACUGUCUCUCGCCGGACGCCAUCGACCACCCCGGGUGGGAGUGCUGCCGCUCAACCACAGAUGACACUGGGCAGUCGAGCAGCAGAAAGCGACCCUCGCUCCCUAGCUUUGAAUCUCGGGAUGCUGUCGCUCUAUUCCGACUCGAGACAGAAGUACUAUCUGAGGUCCUCAUCUGGCUUGUUCUUCACAAAAUUGCUCGGGGCGGAUAACCCUCUCUCCCCUGCCACGUUCACCUCGUCGUACGCGACGCAAGGCAAUCAGAUCCGCCGGGGCUUACAGGGCCCUUCGCCCGAGACAUAUUGUCUUUUAUACAACAAACCUCGCAAGGAUCUACCUUCUCCGGAGGAGGCAACUUAUUUGAUCAACAUUUACCUGCAGGGGCUUCACGUCGAUCACCCAUUCCUGCCUGCCACCUCUUUAUUCAAUGCGUACCAUGCACUCUGA